UUUUCAACAGCUUCUGCCGGCAACCCCCCACAUCCAUGUCCAGGUCGCUCCUGGAGACCCUGACGCUCUCCACCGCCAUGAAGUGUGCCCCCCACGAUGGCUGCUCCCUGCUCCUGCGCGUGCAUGCCUCCCUCACGCUGCAUGAGAGCCUGCGGGGCCUGGAGGCCUGUUCCAUGAGCCUCGACACCCAGGAGACACAGUGUCAGAGCAUGCAGGUCUCUAGGGCCUCCCGCCAUCUGCAAGUGGGGCAGCAGCUCCAGGUGCACUUUGACUGCUUCGAGGUGAGCGUGGCCCAGAGCCUCUAUGUCACCCUGAGGACUGUUCCCCACUUCUGCGGGGUCCAGCUAGACCAACAGUACCACGUGGAAGCCCAGAAGCUCUCCUACUGGGUGGACCGCAGCCACAAGGUGGUUCGGGUACAGGUACCCGAAGCCCCGGGGGGCCCCGACUACUAUGUGCGGCUCUGCCUCAAGCGGUUCACCUGUGAGGAUGCCGGCGCCCACGUGCUGGUGACAGCCAACAGGGUCUCCCAGAACAUCUCUCUGCCCUACAGCCGAGAGCUGCCGUGUCUGUGCCUUGAGGGCUGGUCUGCGACCCCUGAUGCAGUGCGGACCCAGACCUGCCCCUUUGAAGAUGACAUGGAGGCACUGUGGGACGCCAUCCACUACCACCCGGGGAGCCAGGCGCUGAGCUGGGAGCCUGCCUGUCCCGUGAGUGGCCACGUGAGCCUGUGCUGGCGCCCAGGGCCAGGGGCCCAUUGCCACGAGCUGGAGCACUCGGGCCAGUCUGCACAUGGCAGGGUGCGGUACUCGCUGGUGGACACACAGCCCCAGCUCUGCCUGAAGUUCUCCACCAGCCUCAACUUCUGGGUGAGGUGCCCAUUCGAACAGCAGCACUUCCCAGCCCUGCCCGCUUCCAGGUGCACCUGUGUCACGGAAGGAAGACAUGGCCGCCUGCCUGCCGCCCAGUGCUCCAGGCCACCCCCCUCCCUCCAACCUCUGGUGACCUCACAGCUGACCCUGCGGUUGCCUUUGUGGAGAUUCCUGGGGAUGAGGCCUGUGUGCCUGGCACCUGCAUCCAGGACAGAACUAACCAUGCAGGUCCUGGGUGUGGCCCAGGAGGGCAGCCUCUGCCUGGGGGCCCAGGGGGACCCCUGGGGUCUGCCACCCAGGGGACAGCAGAGUGAGGCCGGCUGUCUCAUCAAGAACAAAAAAGUGCCAGAGCUGGACUCCUGGGCUGUCGCAGGGGGCCAGCUCACAUCGGGGCACCCCAAGCUUCUGACAGCGAAGGCCAAGCCUCAGGGUGUGGGAGUGGUCUCACCUGGCCCCUGGUGUGGGACCCAGGCACCUUCCAGCUCCCCAGAGGCCUGCAGUUCCAUGGAGGCCCUCAAGCUGGCCUUCAGCCCUUUCCUGAACCCCCUGGAUGGCCCAGACCCUGACUUGCCCUAUCUCAGCUUGGUCCAGGCUCUCUCUGGACGACCCGUGGUCACAGACACUGUCCCUGGCCCUGAGGACAAGGGCUUGGCCCCUGCCCCCUGGCUGCCAGAGCCCAGGGCUCUGGCGUGCAGGGUGUGA